GCCCCAAUUAAAGAUGGCGUAGUCGUGUGCGUCACUUCCUGUCAUGUGAAUGUCAGCUUCUUCCUCAGUACUUUCAUAUUAUUAUUAAUUGUUUUAUAGCUGGUCUUACGCAGUCCAUGUGCCAGCACUGGGGCUGGAUUUUGUCCCCCGACUAACUGAAUAAACCCCAAGCAUCAUGGCGGAGAGAAGCAAUGCCGCUUGGGUCCAGUGCGUAAAUUCAUUUCGUGCCGGCCCGACAUCGUUUUUAUGCAGCGUCACGGGAGAAAAGUUUCUGGAUGAGCUACUGAGAGAUCUUAAAAGUGAAACUAUAUACGAACAGACUAAGAUUUUAAUGCUAAACCUCUUUUUGGAGUUCCCCACCUUCCUGUGUCCAGACCAGAGUACCGGCCGAGGCACCGCCGAGAUACUAAUUAAUAUUUUAAAGCCAUUGUCGAAUUCUGGAAAAAGCGUAGCCUUCCGAUGCCAUCUCCUGUUAGCCGUAGAGACCGUUUUGAUCACGACGGAUAACUUCAACCCGAAUUGCAAAGCAGCGCAAGAGUUUGCGUCUAUUCUGAUGCACAUAAUAUCCGAUAUAAAUGACAAGAAGCAAGGCGCAGCCAACAGGUCACUGCGCACCACGGCUUGCGAAUGCCUAAAGGAGCUGGAAAACUGCUUCCCCGGCUUCCUAUCGGAGAGACUGGAAACGCUUUACUUCAUGCAGCAGCAAGAGGUUACUUGCGCGCACCAAUCGUACACCAUCCUCUACAGCGUCGCGUUAAAAAACGCACUGGCGGUCUUGGCGCAGAGAGAGGGUCCGUCAAAUGGCGCCCUGAAGACCAUGCUGAUGAGCAACAAGAACUUUUUUUGGAGCUCCACUGAGAAUUCACUAGAUCUGCGACCUUCGUCAGGGGGACAGCUUCUCUUGCUUCCUUCCAAUACCGAAACAAAAGAACUGAAAUCGGUUUUGGCUCUUCUUUUAGAAGACUCCUACCUCCUUACACCAGUGUGUCAGAACAACCUGUUUUGGCAGAUAAUUCAAAUCGUGGCCAUGGUUCGUACCAUUUCACCGGUGAUCUUUAAGGCCCAACUCGUGCGACUAUUUGGAACGAUGGACAUGUCAUUAUUUCACAGCAUAUUGCAGAUGAAGGCCGUGUUUACAGAUAGCCUGUUCACCGCGGAAGAUGAAAACUUCCUUCUUCAGAGGCUCGUGGGAAUGACCCAACACCCGCUUCUUAGCACGUCCAUGAAACUAUUUUAUUUAGACUGUCUGUUGCAUUUUCCGGAAAACCGACCUCUUAAUUCCAACCCAGACGAGAGCUUGCCCGUCCUACUCACUGUUCAAAUGACGUCGUCUUUGUUCCCUAAUGUUUUCAACGACUGCAGCACGAUGCUUUGCAGGCAAAACUUACUAAGCAUGGUCUAUCUGGAAAACGAAGGGUUUCAUUCGGAGAAGGGCAUAGGGUUUCUUUUCGAGCACCUCAUGUCGCUUUAUAGCAUGGUUCACCAGAGCCGAAGCCGUGAGAUUAUAUCUACGUUUUUUCGUGCUGUCUAUCUGUUCGUGCGGUAUUUUAAUUAUUGCGACAAGCAUAUGGAAAAUUUAACAAAGAGCCUUCUGGAACUGUAUAAGGAUCGUAGUUCCUUAGCACCUUAUUUUAUUAACCUCAUCAACCAGACCCAGAUAUUGCUAGAGUUCCAUUCUUGGCCAGUCUCUUUGUCAAGGGCCUUACAGAAACAAAUAGUCGAUCUUCCCGUUGAUAAAGUCAAUCUCGAGGACCUCGGUUGGCACCUUAAAAUUCUUUCGAGGGUUGCCCAGGACAAUACAAUUACCCAGAAAAGCACAGUCCUCUUUCUAAAGCGAGUAGCUUUCCAUUCAGGAAUAUGCCAACAAGGAGACUGGAGAAGGGGCAACGCUGUAUUGUCCGUUUGCAAGAAUGUCCUACAGCAUCAACAGCUCGACUCGGUCUUCGUGCCCCUCGCAGACCUCCUGCAGUACCUGAUGCACCAUUUUGAAGAUAUUGACAUCCAAGACCGCGCGCGGCUCUACUACAUCCUUCUCACAAAUGUCUCCGGUGAUAAACUCAAGAAAAUAUUGACCAUGUCACCAGCCGGAAACCAGACCAAAGCAAGGUCCCUAUCUUCCAUUAUGACCGAAAGCGAGAACUUCUCUACUCUACUGACCAUCCACAACACAGAAAAUGUAACUCUUCAGUUGAGUAAAGUUCCGGAUGACGAAAGCGUUUUUCCUUUCUGCUCUGAAACCACUAAGGUAGAAAGUCCAACCGGUGAACAUUCCCUCCAAGAAUAUUACGAGCAGUUGGAUAAUCAGAGUUCUUCCUUCCUCGCCAUGAAAUAUUACUUGUCAUUCAAAGGAGACGUCGAGCCCAAGAACCACCAGCUGUUUUGUAUCGUCCUCCAGUUUGAGGGGACAGAUUCCAGUUUCGAACCUGUAAGCGAUAUUAAUGUUCCUUGUCUCUUUGUCGAUCAGAAGCCACCGGUUGUUACUUUUAAUCUAGUGCCAAAAGAACCUUACCCGUCGUUCUUGCUGGUAAACGCCACGUAUGGAACUCUGGAUGGUCUUACGUACAACACAAAGCUGGACCCGCUCCACAUCGCUUUUCCAGAAAUGUUUUUGCCGCUGCCAUUACCGGCUUCUUGGCCUACGAACUCCCGCUGUGACCUCUUUGACAAACUGUGGACUGCCUUUGAGCCAGAGCCAUCGAAUCGGUGCGAGGAAAGCAUUUUUUGCUACGAGAUGCCAGAAAAACGUCUGUACGACCUCGUACAAUCCUAUUUUCCCGGGUUCGUUGCUUCUUACAAUGCGGGUGUAUUCGAAAUCGGUAUAUUUGUGCCCCCGCGGUUUCACAUAUUAAUGAGAGUUAACAGCAAGGAGGACGUCGCACGGUUCUGUAUCAGGACUGAUCACUGGAAGCUGCUGCCGUAUUUGAACUCUCACCUGCUCGAAAUCACGUCACGGAAAUAACUUUGGGGUCGGCGGGGGGCUGCUGUUGUUUGUUUGCACUAAACUCUUCUACAUCUGAGAGGCAUGAAUCCAUGCCUUAAUGAUAAAAUUGACUG